GAAGAUUCUGAAGCUGUGUACAUAGUUGAGAAGAUGCUGGAGACCUGUGGCAGUGAGAGGUCUCUGAAGAUCACACUCCACAUCCUGAGGAACAUGAAGCAGAAGGAUCUUGUCGACUCACUGGAGAGAGAUGAGCACAAUGAAUCCAUAAAAAGAACCCAGCAGGAACUGAAAACUCAUCUGAAGAAGCAGUUUGAAUGCAUAUUUGAAGGUUUAGCAAAGCAGGGCAACCAAACCCUUUUGAAUGAUAUCUAUACAGAGCUCUACAUCACAGAGGGGGGGAAGUGGGGGGGUUAAUAAUGAACACGAGGUCAGACAGAUUGAGACAGCAUCCAAGAGUCAAACCACACAGGAGACUGCAAUCCUCUGCAAUGACAUCUUUAAGCCCUUACCUGGACAAAAGAAACCCAGAACUGUGCUUACAAAGGGCAUCGCUGGCAUUGGGAAAACCGUCUCUGUGCAGAAGUUCAUUCUGGACUGGGCAGAAGGAAAAGCCAAUCAGGACAUUGAUUUCAUCUUCACUCUUCCUUUCCGAGAUCUGAAUUUGAAGAAGGAAAAAGCAUUCAGUCUAAUGCAACUUCUGCAGCACUACUUUCCACAAGUGAAAGAGAUCAAAAAUGUUGUAGGUGAUGAAGUCAAAGUUUUAUUUAUCUUUGAUGGUCUGGAUGAGUGUCGACUUCCUCUAAAUUUCCGAAGCAAUAUGAAGUGCUGGGAUAUAACAGAGUCAUCAUCAGUGGAUGUGCUGCUGACCAACCUCAUUAAGAGGAAUCUGCUUCCCUCUGCUCUCCUCUGGAUCACCUCCCGACCAGCAGCAGUCAAUCAGAUCCCUCCUGAGUGUGUCCACCAGGUGACAGAGGUACGAGGGUUCAAUGACCCACAGAAGGAGGAGUACUUCAGGAAGAGAAUCAGAGAUCAGAACCUGGCCAGCAGAAUUAUCUCACACAUAAAGUCAUCCAGGAGUCUCUACAUCAUGUGUCACAUACCAGUCUUCUGCUGGAUUUCUGCUACUGUUCUGGAGACAAUGUUGGGUAAAGCAGAGAGUGGAGAUCUGCCCAAAACGCUGACUGAAAUGUACACACGCUUCCUGCUCAUUCAGACUAAUGUGAAGAAUCAGAAGUAUCAUGGCACUGAUGAGACAGACACAAAGAAGAUGUCAGCAUCAGAUACAGAAAUCAUCCUGAAACUGGGGAAGCUGGCUUUUCGACAGCUGGAAAAGGGCAAUCUGAUAUUCUAUGAAGAGGACCUGAGAGAGAGUGGCAUUGAUGUCAGUGAAGCUUCAGUGUACUCUGGGGUGUGCACAGAGAUCUUUAAAGAGGAUUGUGGGUUGUAUCAGGAGAAGGUCUACUGCUUUGUGCAUCUGAGCAUUCAGGAGUAUCUGGCUGCCUUGUCUGUGUUUCAUUCAUGUGUAAAUGAGAACAGAAAUGUACUCAGAGCAGAAGAAUCAAAACCUCACAGUGACAGAGUGCAGCUGUCUGAGUUACACAGGAGUGCAGUGGAUGAGGCCUUAGAGAGUAAGAAUGGACACCUGGACCUUUUCCUCCGAUUCCUUCUUGGCCUCUCCCUGGACUCCAUUCAGACUCUCUUAGGAGGACUACUGACACAGACAGGAAGCAGAUCACCUAGCAUUGAGAAAACAGUCCAGUACAUUAAGGACAGGAUCAGAGAAGAGUCUUCAGCAGAGAGGACCAUCAAUCUGUUCCACUGUCUCAAUGAACUGAAUGACAACUACCUAGUGAAGGAAAUCCAGAAUUCCCUGAGAUCAGGAAAACUUUCUGGUAAAGAGCUGGAACCAGACCAGUGUUCAGCGCUGGCCUUUGUGUUACUGAUGUCAGAGGAGAUCCUGGAUGAGUUUGAUUUGAAGACCUACAACACAUCAGCAGCAGGUCAUCAGAGACUGGUACCUGUAGUCAGGAACUGCAGGAAGGCCAUGUGAGUAUUAUGUCAUUAAUAAUGUAGAUGAUUGACCACAUAUUUUCCCACUUUCAAUUUCUAGUAAGAAUAAAGUGCAAUAAAGGCAAGUGAAAAUUUGGUUUAAAAAAAAAAAAAAAAAAGAUUUCUGAAUCAAGAUGUUUUAACUAGUGCCCUCAUUUGAUGUUUUAUAUCCAGAACAUAAGAAGCAUCAAAUGCAAAGCCUCAUCACUUAUCAUAUAUUUAAUUUAAUUUACUAUUACUAUUUACUAAUUUAAUACAUUUACUAAUUAUUUGCAAAGAUAGCAAUUGUGAAAUAAAUAAGGAGUUUAUUGAUAUCAGAGUAAUCUGAUAGAUCAGCCUUUAUCAGAACAUACAAUUCAAGCAGAUU